GUUGGAGGUGAGGUUUCCUCUGCUGCUUUGCUGGGUUGUGUGAACGUUCAUCUGUCAAACGUUCUUUUAGUGUCUUUGUGUUGCUUCUUCCCAGCUAUGCGUCUGUGUCCCACACUUACAAGCCUUCUUGUUCUCCUUGGACUGUAUGGAAUCUGUACAGGAUUUGUGCAAGAGAACUGUAUCAACUACAUACAUCGAUAUGACAGGGUUUACUCUGUUCCUGGGGAUGUAGCUAUGCUGAACAGCGACCUUCUGUCUAGAAGUGUCUUCGACUUCACAAGUGUGCUCUAUAACUUCACCUGGUACAACUCAAAGACAAAUCAAGAAAUAAAAAAUGAGAGCAGUCGAAUCCUGAUACUCAAUGAGACUCUGUGGUUUCUCAAAACAACACUGGAUGAUAAAGGGAAAUAUAUGGCUAUCCUGAGGACUCCCUCUCAAUGCUUCAUUCAGACCUUCAACCUGGAUGUAGAUCAACAAGUUUCUGGAGAAUGCUGGAGGCCAAAAAAAGCUCAUCAGACCCUUUCUGGUGGUGUAAAUGGCAUACUUUCCUGCCCUCUGCGCGACUAUAUCGAUAAACUACACAGCUACAACAUCACUUCCUCCCUUACAUGGCUAAGGGGUUGUGACCCCAUUAAGGAUUGGACAAGAAGGAAUGACUCCACAGCUGCCAUUCAACUUUAUAUUAAUGAGGCGGGUCUUGAAAACAACCAUUUUUACACCUGUACGCUGACGUUCACUCUUGGAGGUGUUACUGGAUCUAUCUCAGAGACAAUCAAAACAGAGGUCACAGUGGAGACUUAUGGGGUUCCACAAGUGCAAGAACCAUCCGGUGAAACAAUCAAGGCACAGAUAGGCUCCAGUUUCAGGAAGCAGUGCCUGGUUUUUGUGCCCAGUGUUGGAAAUACUUCCGUCACUGUUAUUUGGUUUGUGAAUAAGAUGCCAAUUCCUACUAACAAACCAACUCAACGCAUCUACACAACAGACAAACGCAAUAGGUCCCAGGAUGUUCCUGUCAAAGGUAUUUUCUUUGAACGAGUGCUGAUAAUUUCUGAGCUGAAAGAGGAGGAUUUUCACCUGAACUACACGUGUCACGUGUUCAGUGACAGAGGGAGUCCUCAAGGAUAUUUUACUCUGCUACCAGCAGAUCCCAACAUUUUACUGCCCAUCGGACUGGUGUUUGGCGGAGCAAUGGUUCUCUUCAUCGCCAGUGUCAUCAUCUGCUAUGUUUUCAAGGUUGACAUUGUGCUGUGGUUCAGGAGAGCAUUUCCAGGCCUCUAUGCAAACACAGAUUUGGACAGUAAGCUUUAUGAUGCCUAUGUGGCGUAUCCACAGCCCUGUGAUACUGGAUUCAGCGAGGAAAUUGAGAGGUUUGCAAUCCACACUCUUCCCAAAGUGUUGGAAAAUUCCUGUGGCUAUCAACUCUUCAUAGCAGGCCGUGACUGUCUGCCCGGGGAGGCCAUAGUGGACUCAGUGGAGGAGAGUUUAAAAGCCAGCCGCUGUGUCCUUUUACUCUACACUGCUUCCACCUUCAUCAGCAAAAAACACACAGGCAACGAUAAUAAAAUCUCAAAGAGCAGCAAUAGCUACGAGAAAAGUGGUAUCAAAACCAAAGAUGAGAGUAGCAGUGGGAUUUAUGAUGGUGAAAAAGAAUUCUACCCAGACGCAAAGCAGCAGUUUACCUGUGCAGUGGCAAUGCACAAAGCACUGAUGGAGGGAUCUCUUAAGGUAAUUCUGGUGGAGCUGGAAGAAAUCAGCCCAGAUGAGCUUGCUCUGCUCCCAGAGUCAGUGCGUCAGCUGAGGAAGGAGCAGGGCGCUGUACGUUUGUGGAAGAACCAGAAGAAGAAGCAGAGAUCAGGGACAUGCAUGUGGAAUAGAGAGGAUGAGGAGAAAGGUGAAUGGGACACACAACUGUCUCCAGCCCUCUCCCCCUCCUCUAGGUUUUGGAAGGAGAUGAGGUAUCACAUGCCUGUGAAGAGUAAGAAAAGGCGGACACUGACAUAAGUUCCCUGUUGACAUUGUGUGUGUCAUCUGAUGGAAAAGACAGUAACUGAGCAAUAUAAAAAACUGGAUCGUUUAAACUUGAAGUGUUCACAUGUCUUUACAUCUUAAGAUUAUGGACUAAUGUGGAGUGGACUGAUUGAGGACUGAUCAUAACCAAAAUGUCAAGUGUAUCUAUAAAAUGUACAUUUUGUGUAAAUGGAUGGAAGGUGUUAAUGUGUUGAUAAGAUAAUUUUACAGUAACAUAAAAGCUAUGUAAAAAAUUAAUUAUUGCCAUUACUUCUACUCUGUCCAUAGAAAAAUUCAAAAA